GAAGCUCUUUGGUGAGAGCAGGUUUCCUCACUUGGUUGUGUCACUGUCACACCAUCUGUGUUCUGCUUUUCUCUUCAGACUAAAUUAUUUCGUCAGGAAUUCAGCAACAUGCAGAGGACGAAGUGGUGGCUCCUCUGGUGGCUGCUCCUGUAUUUGGUGUCUCAUAACAUCAGUGUUGUUGGAAGGAGAUGUAGAUCAUAUCAUAAACAACAAAAAAAAGGCCCCACUUAUUGUUGUAAAUCAAAUCCCACAGGUUCAGAUCUCGAUUUCUGUAUGAAAGAUCUAAGCAACACUUUGAAAAGAGGAAGAAUCAAAAACAUUACUGAGACCUUGAUGGAUCUGGAAGACCUUCUUGAGGAAGUCGACGUGGAUGACAAUGUGAACAUGGCUUACCCUCAUCUGGUGUUUCACCUGCAGAAGCCAAAUGGCGUCUUCAAUGGCAUGACAAUUCAAGCCAGCGAGAAUGAGGCAUCGCCAAACAGCAAUAUCCCCAACGCCAUAGUGAAUGUUCAACUGCCCAAAGAGUUGGAUGCUGGACCAGACAACACAAUUGCAUUUUGCCGGCUUACCUGGCCGGAAACAAAUAUGGCGACAUCAGGAGCCUCAAAUCAACUGUAUAACAACACAAUGGUUGGCCUGAAUGUGCGUCAUAAGAACAUUUCAGGACUACGGGAACGUGUCAACAUCACCAUGAUUCUUAAUAUCGGCAUAAAUGAGACCCGAGUCCCAAGUUGUGUGUUUUACGAUGUCACAACAAAUGAAUAUAACAGUAGUGGCUGCCUAACCCUUUGGAAGCGUGGUCAGGAUAACAUCACCUGCUCCUGCGAUCACCUCACAUACUUCGGCGUGCUCAUGGUGUCUGCUCCCCUUUCAGAUAAGGACCAGGAGAUCCUGACAUACAUUAGUUGGAUUGGCUGUACUCUUUCUCUCAUUGCCCUGGUCGUCACUGUUUUAAUCUUCAUCACAAACAGAAAGAUCAGAGAAGAUGUCUCCAUGAAGAUCCACGUCAACCUGGCCGUUGCGCUGAUUUUGCUCAACAUACAUUUCCUCCCCAGUCACACAGUGGCAGCACAGUCCUCCACCGGGCUUUGCCUGUACAUGGCUCUUUUUCUUCAUUACUCCCUGCUGGCCACAUUCAGCUGGAUGGCCUUGGAGGGCUUCCACAUCUACCUUCUCAUAGUCAAAGUCUUCAAUAUCUAUAUCAAGAAAUACAUGCUCAAACUCGCUCUCGUAGGUUGGGGUAUUCCUGCAAUCAUUGUGUCCCUGGUGGUCAUCAUAGACAGAGACGCAUAUGGUCGCUUUACUUUGGACAAAUCUAACCCCAACAACACUGCAAUAUGCUAUAUAACCAACAAAAUAGUAAAAGUGGUGACUACAAUGGGAGUAUUUGGCUUGGUGUUCAUCUUUAACAUGAUCAUGUUUGGGUUGACAGUCAGACGCGUUGUGAGUCUCCACCAUAGUAAAGAGUCCACCUGUGGCACCUGCCCACAGGGCUUAGAGACAGGAUUGUGUUGAGACACAGAUCUGGGGAAGGCAAAACAAUUCUGCUCCAAUAAAGGUUCUCAGGAGCCUCUGUGAUUCUAAUGGACAAGGUUUAGAACAACAAGAACUUUUUCUAAUGCUGGUCAUCUGCCCAAACUGAUCUAUGGGCGGACAUGGGCCUCGGUAAGAAAUAAGACGAAGAACCUGAUGGUCAAUCUGGCUGAGCUCCACAUAUCUUACGUGACAGAAGCCUGACAGAAGCAUCUCCUCGGUGAAAGACACAUGAAAGUCCAGAAUGUGAGAUUCUCUGGUCUGAUGACACCAAGCUUGAACUGUUCGGCCUUGGUUCUAAAUGUCAUAUAUGGAGAUAACCAGGCACUACUUAUCACCUUUCCAAUACCAUCCAAACAGAAGAGCAUGGUGGUGGCAGCAUCAUACUGUUUUUAGAGGCAGGGACAGAGACUGGUCAGGGUUGAGUGAAAGCUGAAAAGAGGAAAGUGCAGAUGUAUCAUUAAUGAAGACCUGGUUCAGAGUGCUGAGGACCUCAGACGAUAACAACAAGACAAUGACCCAAAGCACACUACCAAGCCAAUGCAGGAGUGGCUUGAAGACAACACUGUGAAAGUCGUUGAAUGCUCCAAUCGAACAUCAGAGACUUGAAAAUAUGUGUACGCCACACCCACACCUAACCUGAUCCAGUUUGAGAGGAUCUGCAGAGAAGAAUUGUUGGAAAAGCUCCAAAUCCACAUGUGCAAAGCUGGUCAGGUCACACCGAAGAAGACUGUGCUCUAAUCGCUGCCAGAGUUGCUUCAACUAAUUACGGAGUAAAGGGUCUGAAUACCUAUGUCAAUCUAAUAUGUCUAAUAUGUCUUCUUUUUGUAGUUUAAAAAAAACUGCUGCAACAUAAGUAUGUAAAUGUGUCGAAAUAAAUGAUAAAUUUCCUUUUUAAUCAAUAUACAUACAUCUGGGUGUUCAAGCUGUGCUGUUACGACAACCUUAAAUUCAUGUUAGAUUGAUUGAAUAUGUUAACAUUUAAAUCACAACUGUCUCUCUUAUUAUUUAUUUAUUAUUAUCUGAGUAUUCUCAGUUUUUAUUGUUCAAUCUGCCAGACUACAAACAUUUCAUGGUCUCUAACUGGUAUUUUCUGAUCUCGUAUUAACUGACAGUGUGGGACGAGUGACUUUGACAGAGCCAAGCGAGACAUCUUUACCCUGCUGGGUGUCACCACUCUGCUCGGCCUCCCCUGGGGCCUGAUCUUAUUCUCGUUUGGCAACCUGACGGUUCCUGGCCUCUACCUCUUCUG